AUGAGUCAGCCGCCAUACGGGUUCGGACCAGCCGAGCCGCCCCAGGACGAAGAUGACUACGUGGAGGCGCACGUGCUGGAUGCAGUGCGCAUGGUGCCGUGCGCGGAGUCGCUGCGCAUGGCGAUGAGCGACGGCACGGAGCUGGAGGUGCGCCACGUGCACGCGACGGCGGGCCGCCUGCUGUACCCGCACGCCACGCCCGCCAUCUUCCUCAAGAUUGCCAACGCGCCUGACCUCGUGCUGCCCAUCGUCGUUGGCGAGCUGGCCAUCGGGCUUCUCAUGAAGGCCUUUCGUCGCGAACACGCCGCGCGGCCCAACCACUACGACGUGAUGACGGAGAUGGUGCAAGCGCUGCGAUACGAGGUGCGCGCGGUGAAGAUAACGCAGCGCGUCAUGGACACGUACUACGCGCGCGUCUACCUCGCCGCUCCCGACUCCCCCACGUGCAUAGCAAGCGUGGACGCGCGCCCAUCAGACGCAAUAAACCUGGCGGUGCGCGCGCAGGUGCCCAUCCUCGUCAGCCGCGCCAUCGUCCUCAGUGACGCCGUUAGGGUGGUCCCCGCGGGCGCGGAGGGGGGCGCGGAGGGGGGAGCGGAAGGGGGAGCGGAGGGCGGGAGGGAGAUGGGGAGGGAAGGCGCGGGCGGGAGGGGGAAGCGUGAGUAUGGGGGGUUUGCUCAACAGCUGGGUUUUCCGCAUCACCAGCAGCAGCAGCAGCAACAGCAGCAGCAGCAUCAGCAUCAGCAGCCGCAACAGCAGCAGCACCACCAGCAAGACUUUUUUGACGCUAUGCACCAGCAGCAGCAGCAACAGCAGCAACACCAGCAGCAGCCGUUUUUGCAGAGUGGGCAUGUGGGAGAUCGGAGUAGCAUGGAAAGCAGGGCGCCGGGGGCAGCAGGCGACGUUAUAGCAGAGGAGAUGGCGCUGAUGACGGCCAUGCACGCCGCUGCGAAUGAGGAGAGAUACGCCGAUGCUGCUCGCCUCAGGGACCAGCUUCAGCUGCUGCGCAUUCGCAACCGCAGGCAGCUACACAACAGA